AACUUCGAAAAUGGAGAACUUCUGGUCGAUCGUCGUGUUUUUUCUACUCUCAAUUCUCUUCAUUUUAUAUAACAUAUCGACAGUAUGCCACUACUAUAUGCGGAUUUCGUUUUAUUACUUCACAAUUUUAUUGCAUGGAAUGGAAGUUUGUGUUACAAUGAUCCCUUCUUGGCUAAAUGGGAAGGGUGCUGAUUACGUGUUUCACUCGUUUUUCUAUUGGUGUAAAUGGACUGGUGUUCAUACAACAGUCUAUGGAUAUGAAAAAACACAAGUUGAAGGUCCGGCUGUAGUUAUUUGUAAUCAUCAGAGUUCUCUCGACAUUCUAUCGAUGGCAUCAAUCUGGCCGAAGAAUUGUGUUGUAAUGAUGAAACGAAUUCUUGCCUAUGUUCCAUUCUUCAAUCUCGGAGCCUACUUUUCCAACACAAUCUUCAUCGAUCGAUAUAACCGUGAACGUGCGAUGGCUUCAGUUGAUUAUUGUGCAUCUGAAAUGAAGAACAGAAAUCUUAAACUUUGGGUAUUUCCGGAAGGAACAAGAAAUCGUGAAGGAGGGUUCAUUCCAUUCAAGAAAGGAGCAUUCAAUAUUGCAGUUCGUGCGCAGAUUCCCAUUAUUCCAGUUGUAUUCUCAGACUAUCGGGAUUUCUACUCAAAGCCAGGCCGAUAUUUCAAGAAUGAUGGAGAAGUUGUUAUUCGAGUUCUGGAUGCGAUUCCAACAAAAGGGCUCACUCUUGAUGACGUCAGCGAGUUGUCUGAUAUGUGUCGGGACGUUAUGUUGGCAGCCUAUAAGGAAGUUACUCUAGAAGCUCAGCAACGAAAUGCGACACGGCGUGGAGAAACAAAAGACGGGAAGAAAUCUGAGUAAAAAAACUUAAUUAAUUUUUUUUGCAUUCUCGUCACAAUUUGUUCAUUUGUAAAUACAUUACAAAAUCAAAUUCUCAUGUGUCCUUUCCGUUUCGGGUUGUUCAUUUUUUGUGUAUCUAGUUGUUCUAAUAGUUAGUUAUACUAAUUCUUCUAGUUUCGUAUUAUUGCACCCUGUAACAUUUUUUCGUUGUCAAUAAAAAUACAUUAUUU